AAAGAGGAGGCCGUGUCAGGAGCACUUGUCAGGGGUUGGAUCUGCUGCCGGAGGUUACACAACCCACCUCUCCACAUAGGAUACUUCUUACCGAACAAAAAACAACAAUACUUCACUCGGAUAACCAACCAUGAAUCCCGAUAUUUUGAAAGAGCGGAAAAAUGCCACUUUUGACGUCGAGAAACUCACCUACAUUCUGGACGGAGGCCCAGAAAAGACAAAAAGGAGGCGAGAAAUUGAGUCAAUGGUUCUCAGCGACCCGGACUUCAAGGAGGAGAACCCGUGUUUCCUGUCCCGCAGUGAGCGUUACGACCAGGCUGUCAGGAAAAGUGCCCAAAUGAUCCUGAAGCUCAGAGAGUACGGCAUCGCAGACCCGGAGGAGAUCUACUGCUAUAAGAACUGUGUGCACCCGGACAGGCCUGAGCCCCUGGAUCUCCAUCUGGGGAUGUUCCUGCCCACACUGCUCAACCAGGCCACCCCCGAGCAAAUGGACCGCUUCUUCAUGCCCGCCUGGAACCUCGAGAUCAUCGGCACCUACGCUCAGACCGAGAUGGGCCACGGCACUCACCUCAGGGGGCUGGAGACCACCGCCACCUAUGACCCCGCCACACAGGAUUUUGUCUUGAACAGUCCCACAAUCAGCUCCAUCAAAUGGUGGCCCGGAGGACUUGGAAAGACGUCAAACCACGCCAUCGUUCUGGCUCAGCUGUACACUCAGGGAAACUGUCACGGUCUGCACGCUUUCAUCACGCCGCUCCGUGAUAUGAAGACACACGAGCCGCUGCCAGGUGUUGUCGUUGGCGACAUCGGCCCAAAGUUUGGCUUUAACGAGGUUGACAACGGCUAUCUGAAACUGGAGAACAUCAGAAUCCCUCGAGAGAACAUGCUGAUGAAAUACGCCAAGGUGGAGCCAGAUGGAACCUAUGUGAAGCCACCGAGUGCCAAGCUCACCUACGGCACCAUGGUGUUCAUCCGCUCCAUGAUCGUGGGCGAGUCGGCUCGAGCCCUCUCCAAGGCUUGUACCAUCGCCAUCCGCUACAGCUCGGUCCGUCACCAGUCUGAGAUCAGACCGGGGGAGCCGGAGCCUCAGAUCCUGGACUACCAGACGCAACAGUACAAGCUGUUUCCCCUGCUGGCUAUGUCCUAUGCUUUCCACUUCGUCGGCCAGUAUAUGAAGGAGACCUACCUCCGCAUCAGUGGAGACAUCAACGAGGGCGACUUCAGCAAACUGCCCGAGCUCCAUGCUUUGUCUGCGGGUCUGAAGGCCUUCACUACUUGGGAAACAAACUCCGGCAUCGAGGUGUGCCGCAUGUCGUGCGGCGGCCACGGCUACUCCUGCAGCAGCGCCCUGCCCGACAUUUACGUCCAGUUCACGCCCACGUGCACCUACGAGGGCGAGAACACCGUCAUGAUGCUGCAGACCGCCAGAUACCUGGUGAAGAGCUACCGGCAGGCUAAGGCGGGCCAGCAGCUGAGCGGCAUCGUGUCCUACCUCAACGAAGCGCAGCACCGGAGGGUCCAGCCGCAGCCCGUCGCCGCCCGACCCACCGUGGUCGACAUAAACGACCUGGCCAGCCUGGUGGAGGUGUACAAACUACGAGCUGCCAUUCUGGUUGAACUGGCAGCUAAGAGCAUCCAGCAGGAGCUGCAGCGCAGGAAGAGCCAGGAGGACGCCUGGAACAACAGCGCCAUCGACCUGGUCAGAGCCUCAGAUGCUCACUGUCACUAUGUGGUGGUGAAGCUCUUCACUGACAAGCUGCGGGACAUCGGGGACACAGGCGUCCACUCGGUGCUGUCCAGCCUGGCUCUGCUCUACGCUCUGCAGGGUGUCACGAGGAACUCUGGAGACUUCCUGCAGGCUGGCCUGCUCAGCGUGCCCCAGGUGCUGCAGUCUUCAGUCCGCAUCAAGGAGCUGCUGUCUCAGCUGAGGCUGAACGCCGUGGCUCUGGUGGACGCCUUUGACCACAACGACAAGAAGCUGAACUCGGUCCUGGGACGAUACGACGGGAACGUCUACGAGAACUUGUUCGAGUGGGCUCGCAACUCACCUCUGAACGCCACAGAGGUCCAUGAAUCCUUCCACAAGUACCUGAAGCCUCUGCGCGCCAAACUGUGAGCCGACUCCUGCACCUUGUUCCCCUGGCUGUGACCCUCCAGCUCCGCCCUCCUUAACCGUCUUUUAUCAUCCUCAUGACGGUCGUCACUCACCAGCAUACUCUCUCUAUAAGUGGUCCAAUCUAACGUUAACUGAAGUACCCUGUGUACUGAAAGCUUCAUUCUUAUUGGUGAUCGGGGAUGAUGGGAGGGGAGCUAAAUCAAUGGGAGGUCUGUGUCAUUAUGGAGGGAAUUGGACUCACAUUUACAUCUAAAAGUCUCGAUGAAGUCCUUAUUCCAGCACAACAAAGCUUUAAGAGUUCUUAAAUUGGCACGUUUCCUUUGGAUGAAUCAAUUUAGAAGUUAAUUUCCCCUUCGUCUUUCCUUCAUUUUCUGCCCGGUGCCUGACGGCUCCCCUGUGUGAGUCACUUAAAACGAGCCUUUUCUGUUUUCCUCCCAAGUUCAGAACGUAACUAUGAACGUUUGACAACAGCUGUUUUCACACAUGCACUCCUGAAAAUCUCUAGAACACUUCAGGACAGUUUCCCCCUGAAAUCUUCCUCAGUUACUUAAUCACGGCAGGAAGUGUUUCCUAUCGGGCGCCAGACAUGAUGUAAAAAAGACGCUGAAAAGAUCCAAGGUCGACAGAGUCUGACACUAUGAUGACAGUUUAGUCUUUAUAUCAAUGCUACAUGGACAUAUUUACAGAAUCAACAACCGAGUGGGACAGAACAAAGAUCUCACCCGUCACAUGAUAUCGCAGUAAAAAAAAUCCAGAAAACGUCUGAGGGGGAAAUUAGGAGGUUUGCUCUCACACUUGCAGCUGAUCCCGAAAAGUUCAGGAAGUUUUCAGGAUGUUUGUGCAUGUGUGAAAACACCAAAGGGUUAAAGUACAACAAAUAAAAAAAACAUGCAUUCUUCAGAACAGAGAGAACUUUACUACUCAGGCCUUAACAGUCAUUGUCUUACAUUUGAUCCAACUCUUCCUCUCAGCCUUAAGUUGAUGCGUAACCCAAACUGCACGGUUUACUCUCAUCCUCCUGGAGGUCAGAGAGCGUUUAUGUUUUUGUUUUUUUGAAGAGGGAGGAACAUCCACAAAGGUCUCCAUUUAAAAAAAAUAAAAAAUCAAAUCUUGCUGGAAAAUCGAAUCCAAUCGAAAAGCUAAAACAAUCCGCUUUCAUUUCAAGCCCAACACCUGUCAUUUCUUCUUCUCUUUAAUGAAUGUCAUUGUGAUAAUCCACUGCACAAGAAGCAGCACUUGUUUUUAAAAUCCACAUGUUGUCUCCUGAUUAGAGACGACUCUGUGCGUCCGCAUGUUAUUGAAAGUGUUUGUGGGACUGAAGGCUUUUGCAGAGGAUGUUGAAGUUUGUUAAAGAGAUGUGUGCACUGUGCAUGUGAGUUAGUAUUCUCCCUCCCUGUUGUGUGAGGUUGGAUACAUGACGAGGGUCCAAACCUCAGUCGACUUUCUCCUUUUUUUUAACUUAUAAUCAAACACAUUUCAAACUCUGAAGCUACGAUGAACCGUUCUUAGUGCGCUCUAAUGUUCAAAAUCCAGCUUACUGAUUAUCAUAUUGUAACUGGAUCCUGUUUUUCUACAUGAUCUGUCCUGUUUUAUAACAAAUAAAAUCUAGUAUGAAUUAACUUAGCUGUCAAAUGUAUCAUAGAGUUGUUCUAUUUUUCUGACAGAGCCUGAACAGUUGAUGAUGAUGAUGAUGAUGAUGAUGAUGAUGAUGAUGAUGUUUAUAAGAAGUGGUAACAGAUGGACUCGUGUAGAUGACUGUGUAAUGAGAGAGGAGAGUUUUGAUUCAGAGCCUCUCUGUGAACUGUAAACCUGAUCAUGCGAUAAAUAUGAUAAAUAAUAAAAAUGUGCCUAAAGAAGCUGAUUUUUCUGUUUCUGACUGAUUGUGAAUAUCUGCUCAUAACGUGUCUGCGUUUGACUUUUCAAACGGUUGAGUUCUGUCAUAAAGGGCAUAAUUAUGGAUAUGUAAUAACUAAUAACUGUUUUUAAAAACACUCGUGGAAUAUUUUAUUUGAUAUGUUUUGUUGAAUAAUGUUGAUUUUUAACAUGAUUUUAAUGUUUGUGAAAUAAUUUGACCUGUAAAUUAAAUGAAUAUAAAAAAAAUCAUC